GUCUCUUCGCGUAGGAUCUUUUCCAACGAAAUGCCACAAAAAUGAAUGGGCUUAUUUUAAAGUUGUACAGUAUUUUCAUUUUGACUCUACAAACAGAUGGUUUCAUUUUACCAAACCAGACCGAAUUCCACAGUAUACAAGAUGUUUGCAUGAAUGAUAUAUUCAGCUUUGAUUUUUUGACUCGAAGGAGCAAUGGCCUGUUAGUGCAUUUAGAGUCCAACAACAGCAAACAGCAUCAAUUUACGGUAACUAUUGAAGAUGGUGAGUUGGUAUUCACUUAUCGGAAAAAUAGUAAAAACAGAUCUUCUAUAAUACCCUAUGAUGACGCAGAAAUGGUCAACAAAUGGAACGACAACCGCUGGCAUAAGUUGAUAGUAGAACGGACUUUAGAUGAAGGAAAGUAUGUUUCAGUAAAAGUGCUUGUAGAUGAACAGAUUCAUAGACUUGAUUCUGUAAUAGAAGUGAAGGGGCAUGUUCUGGGAUCAAAUGAUGUUUACCUUGGUGAAACCCCUUAUGCUGAUGUUAAAAAUGCCAUUUACAUAAACUGUAAUUGUUUAAAAAUGUAUUUGAAAAUCGGAGAAGACAGGAGCGAAGUCGACAAAUGUUGCCAGGAGAUUAAAAGGAAAAAUAGAGAGACUAAAAAAUGUGAUGGAGUCCUCGGAAAGAUCAAAUGCAGAAAUCAAACAGCAUCUGGGGUUUCUAUGAGUGUUGCUGCAUGUUUAGAAGGAGCAGAUACCUGUCAUGUCAACGCCAAGUAUGUCUACCUUGACACUGCCGCCUGCUGCGAAUGUAACACGCCGUUCUAUGGGAAUGGAAUUCGAUGUUUGAAAACAGGGAAAAGACUAAUACUGAGAGGUAUUGUUAAUGGUGUAUUGAACAACAAAGCCAUAGGGAAUGUGGACUUACUUUCUUAUGUAUAUACAACCAAUGGACGAAUAGAAACACUUAUAAGACGUAAACAAAACACUGCGAGAGCAUUGAUGAAAAUAUUGCAGCCUAUCGGUGACAUCAUUGGGUGGAUGUUUGCUGUUCCACAGGGGAAGAAGGCUAAAAACGGAUUCAUGAUGACAGGUGGAGAACUGAACAGAACAUCAUAUAUCACAUAUCACAGUGGCGAGAUAGUGGUAAUUACACAGCAGUUCUUUACCUUUUUGUCAGAGUUAAGAGUUCAGACAUAUGUUAAAGGGACAGUCCCGGAUUAUGUCGGCAGUAUAUUAUUCAAUGGCUUCCAGGAACAACACAAAAGCGUUUCCAGAGGCGUUAUUAAAUCAUGUUCAACAAGACGAUAUGAAAUGAAUGGGUUAACAUCCUAUUUCACAGUGGACCAGAUUCUAGAGUUCAGUGAAUGCCAAUUUAGUCCAUUUAGAUAUAUAUUACACAGUAUGAGACAUGUUGUUACCCUAAAUGAUAGAAAGAACGAUGUCCUUAGAUUUACCUCGACCAAUCAGAUCCAAGCUCUUGAUGGCUACAACGGAUUAAAUAGAGCCGUAGAUGAGGAAUUCUCGAAUAAUAUAGAUUCGUCAGGGAUGAUUAAAAGUUAUUGUAGACCUGAUGAUGGUUUUGGUCCAGGAAAAAUAGGAGGUGGUGGUGUAGAUAGUGGCUGGGACAAUAUAAUAUUAUUUCCAAAACCAGAUUAUAAUGCACGUUCAUCGGAGAAAAAUGGAAACCAUCAGUCUUCAACUACUGUGAUCACGACUUCAACCACGACUAGCUCUCCAGAAAUAUCUUCAGGCAAAGUUUAUUUCAGUUAUAUUUCGAAAUGA